GGGUAUUUUAUAUGGAAGGGUAUUUUACACGACAUAUGGUAGUGUCGUACAGAACCCUCCAUUACCAAAAUCUUGCAUAAUGGUCUGUGGAAAUUUUAAAAAUCGACGUGCACAAAUUACAAGUAAAAAAAAAAGAUCAUGGUUAGCACGAGAAAAAUUAAUAAUAAUCGCUUACCAUGAAAAAGAACAUAGUAAAUGCUCAACUGCCGAUGAAUUUCAAAUUCAACCAAAACAACUUAGUGAAUGGAUUGGUAAAAAAUCUGAUCUUUUGAAAGCUGCACCAUACAUUCAGAAGUUGUCAAAUGGUGCUAGACCAAAAUAUCCUGAACUCGAAGCUGAAUUAAUUGAAUGGUUUCAGGGGCUCCGAUCUCAGAAUAAAACUGUAGGUCGGUACAUAAUUCAAGCAAAGGCUCACACUCUUUGUGCUACUUCUCGCUUCCAAGAAAGAUAUCGAGGAAUUGUAAAUUAUAAAUUUUCUCAAAAGUGGGUAGAUGGGUUUAUGUCAAGAAAUAAUUUGAUGCGAAAGAUCUAUAAUCAAUGGUUUGAUGAAGGUAUUAAAGAAUAUACCAAGUCAGGCAAAUUGAAGCAUCCUUCCUAUUCUUUAGUUGCUAAUUGGGUAAAAGAAGCUUGGGAAGCUGUUGAUGUUAAUUUAGUUAGAAAGUCUUUUAAAUGUUGUGGAAUCGCAAACGCAAUAGAUGGAAUUGAGGAUAAUCUAAUUUUUGAUUUUACACAAAUUGAUAAUAAAAAUAAUCCGGGACGAGGAAUUGAAAGCCAAGAAGAACCUGAAGAUCGAGAUGAUAAUAUCAAUAAAGGUGAAGGUGCAAAUAAAAGUGAAGGUGAAGAUACAAAUGAAAGUAAAGGCAAAGAUGAAGAUACAAAUAAAUAUGAAGGUGAAGAUACAAACAAAAGUGAAGGUGAAGAUGCAAAUGAAAAUAGAAUAGUUUAUGACUAUUAUUAUGAAGAAGGUGAAGAAUUGACUGUUAUUCAAGACUGGAAUUAA